AUGGACACACUGGCGGCCCUUGCCCUGGCCACAGAGGAGCCAUCAGAAGACUGCCUGAACCGUGGCCCCGUCUCCCGCAAGGCCCCACUAGUGUCGCACCGCAUGUUGUGCACAAUGCUUUCUGUAGCGACCUACCAGGUCGUUUGCACCCUUGUGGUGGAUAUAUACGGCGAAGGGUUUUUCCCCCGUACCCCAGAGGGGAGCCGCACACACAAAACCUUUUUGUUCAACGUUUUUGUCUUUGGAACACUCUGCCACAUGUUCAAUGCUCGUAAGCUCUACAGAGAGGUGAAUGUGUUUGAGGGGAUGCAACGCUCCAAGCUUUUUCUAAUCAUCGUCGCGUUGUGUGCAAUCUUUCAGGCUGUGGCAGUGUCGACCUUUGGAGAGGCGAUGAAAGUGCACCCGCUGUCGGUUGCGCAAUGGGGCUACACUCUCGCAAUUGCGCUUGGCUCUCUGGCAGUGGGGAUAGUAAGUCGGUUGGUGUACAUUCCGCUGCCCGUCUCUUCGUACCAAACAAUUGAGGAGAAUAUCAGCGAUGAUAUGCGUCACUUUGUUGAGAGACUGUCAACCGACGUGGAGCAGGUGCGCCUGUGUAACAGCGAGGAUCAAGGAUCAUUCCUCAAGUUGGCUCAGCGUCUGCACGCUCAGUCGUUAUGGCGACAGGUGCAGGCACAGAGCGUGAAUUCGCGGCGUGUGGUGAACGCCUUUCGACGGGCGAGGCGAGAUGGCGACAUGGGCAGCACCGCUGUGAAGGACCUUUAUUACAGCCUUCGGCAGGUCCACCAUUGA